AUGAGGUGUUUUAUAUGCGCAUUUACUGGCGAUGAUGCGGCUGACGGGAGCUCCAGCGCCCGGGAGUUCAUCGCUUGCCCUGAUUGCCACCAGCUACUGUACUGCUCUGUGAGCUGUGCGGAGGUUGGCUGGUUUGGACAUCGAACACUUUGCGGGGCUCAAGCUGACAAGGACGGUGAGGCGCGGUUAGCAACGACAAUGUGGAAGAAAUGGCAGCAACAAGAGGAGCGAAGUCACCUGGAGAACGCUUUGAGGCAUCUUACCUCUCUGGGGAAGGGGCCAGAGUACUAUGCACAUGCACUGCGUCUGCUGGAUGCAAUUUCCUUUACUGAUGACGUUACUGGCGACGUCGUCAAUACAGACACGCUUCAGCUCAUCAAAGAGGCAGUGGAUCUUCUUACAAGGACAUUAACGGGCAGUGUAUGUGCAGCAAAGAUGACCACAUCAAUAACUCUGCUUUUGUCUGGGCUUCUGUCCCGUGCUCUUGGUCACAAUGAAGCAGCAUUAACCGUGUUGCGGAGGGGACUCGCCAAACUCAUCCCGUACAUGUUAGAGGAAGACGGUAUGGCAUGCUGGGGACUACUGGAGACUGAACGCAUGAACAUUUGGACUCUAAAGUAUCCCAAGGUUGUGAUAACUCCGGGAGAGACGCCAGUGUCAUCUAGACGGAUUAUGUCUGGUGAGGUAGUGGCCUGUGACAAUGCGCCGUUAUUGGUUUGGGAGGCCAAUGGAUUUCCUCCCGCAUUGACUCCGCGACAAACAUCCGUGCACGAUGAAGGUCUGCGGGCUCUUGUGAAUGCCUUCUUGCAGAAGGCACGUGAAGAGCUAACAAGCGAGGAGGUGCUUAGAAGUGAAGAAGAUCUCUUGACACUUUUGCUGAAUGGCCUGCAAGGUGUGAAGGCUGUAACUGCGGAUGUAAUUGUGACGGCGACAACGUACCUGACUGCGAUCUCUGACGGCACCCCACCUCGUUGGUUGGUGAAUCUUUUUUUUACGGCAAUGACCUCGCGGCGGCGCUUUCGUGCAAACGAGUGGGGUUUUUUUGAUCUUGUUUCGCGUGUCUCACAUUCCUGUUCCCCAAACUGCAUUUGGAAUUUUGAGACCUGUGAGUUACGGGCCUUGCGCAUAAUAGACAUGCACGAGCCACUCACGAUGGACAAUUUUUGGAAACCCCACUUUGACCUUGCGCGGCAGAUGAUGCUGAAGCUUCCAAUCCCCCUUCGACAACAAUAUGUGAGCGCGAAUGUCGGAUGCUUGUGUGCAUGCGACCGAUGCACUGGUGGUAUGAAUUCUUCCCGCCAUGCGUACGGUGUGGUGGGUGAAGAGAGGCAACAGAAAGCACAGAGUGGAUUUGGAGUAAACGGAGUAGAUGCUCUAAGAGCCUUUCCAUGUCCCCUCUGUCGGGGGAACGAAGGUUGGCGGCGCAGGCUACUUUCGCACGCGAUACAGUCACACAAGCAUGGCGGUUCAGAGCAAGAGGCAAACGAAUUUUCACUACAGUGUCGGCUCGUACCGUCUGAGCCUUGGGUAUGCCACCGUUGUGGGGAGCGGUGGCGAGAUGACGAAAUGCCUGCGGAGGAGAUGCGGCUCUGUCGUAAGGCAGAACGUCUUGUGACUCUUGCAUCGCGCGGUAUUAUUGAACGCAACUUUUUCGGUGAAGCAAAAGGUCUCAUGCAUGAAGUCUUCCAACUUAUGGGGCAGCAUCGUCAUGGCGCCUAUCUUAUAACCUGCGAAGUGUUCAUUCUGUUCUACCGUUACAUCGCCAGCCGCUUUGCUCCGCCAACGGGCCUUCUUGCGCAAAACCACAUCGUCUCCUGGUGCCGCAAAUGGAUUAGGUGCGCCCAAAACACAAAUUUAUCGCAGGACUCCCCGCAUGUUUACGCCUCAUUUAUCGUGGACACGUCCCUUUCCCUCACAACCGAGGCGCUACGAAGAGAGAAGGUGCUCCUACUUUGCCAUGCGGAGGCACACUGCCCCACUGCAGUCAUUCAUGGAGUGCAGAGCAGAGAGGCAUCGGCUGUUGCAGCCAUCCUCAACAACGCGUCAGACAAAGAAAGCUCGACAACCGGCCAAUUCUUAUUGACUUUCACGAGCUUUAUGGAUGUAGAGGAGCAGGAAGAUGAAUACGCAUUGAUUUCCGACUGGGAAUUACACAUAUUAAAGCGCGUCCAAUCAGAGGUUCAAAGCAAGCAAACACCCAAUCUGCCAGUCCACGUUGUGAACGCACUUAAGAGGUGA